AUCUCAUUCAACAAUAUAUUCGUCAUUCUGAAUAAGUUCUCGCUUCGUCCGCGCGUACAAUUUGUUGUCGAAACAACUCCGUCUCAGUAAAGUAUAAACAAGCUUGUGUACUUUGUGAUAAUGGCGAUCAGCAGAUUAUCGAUCAUUAAGUUCUUGGAGUUGGCACUGACAUGCUCCUGUGUCGCCCUCCACUACCACAGCUACAAUGCGGAGGCUGAUGUUGGCAUGCUGGUCACUGGUACCUUCGUGGGAUACCUCAUCAUCUUCGCAGGUGCUGCAGCAGGUUACAUAAUGCAAACACCGUCCCACAAGCGUAUCGACAUUUUCUACUCUUUGGUCGGCGUUGGAUUAUUCAUCGCGAGUGGUGCUGUUAUCAUUGACAGAUUCCAGCACUAUGGUAAGAGCGAAUUCAAAGACAAGAAUCUCGCCAAAGCAUCCUUAGCCAUCAUCAACGGAGCCAUAUUGCUAAUUGACGCUGUGUUGACCCAGCGUGGAGGCUAAACUCCUACCAUAAUAAUUAUAUAAUAGAAUAAGCUAUUACUAUACGGCCACAUUAUCUCUGGACAUCGCUGGAACGUGAAGUCCCCUCCCGUUGCCCUUUCACCACCUUGCGGUCCUGUUGCGUCAGUACGGUCCGCAGAUUCAUUACCGCUAGGUACAUAUCGUGAUAUUUUCGUACAAUCACUGCUUUGUUUUUGAAAGUAUCAUUGUAACCUUUUGACUUUUGUUGUUAAUAGUUCUGUAGUUUCUAUUGUUAAUAUUUCUGUCGGAAAAAUAAAUACUUACUUCUUGUUAUUAACCCAGAUUUUUUCAUUGAUUUUUCAUAUUUAUACUAAUAAUCAGUAUCACAAUAUCUUUACAUCAAUCUAUAUAACAGAUAAAAUAAAUCGUUGUUUAUUUAUUAAUAAUAAUGUACUAAUGAUGCUUGUUAUGCACACCGUACCAAAGCGACGAUGUGACGUCAUCGACGUCAGGUCAAGAGAUAAUGUAACCGGGUAGUAAGUAAUUACCACCAUUCACUAUUGUAUAACCAUGAUAGUUUUAAAUUUAAAAAUAAGUGCAUUUGUAAUCCAAAAAAGGACAUAGCUUUCAAUAUAUCCUAGUCUCAACCGCCUGUAAUUGUUUCUUAUUUGCAAAAUCAAUUGAGAUCUUUAAUAAUCAUCAAGAAGCCCUACUGAAAACGACUUUCCGUUAUCAUGAAACAAUUUGAAAAUUACUUUACAGACAUGAUGAUAAUAAAAAUCAAUCAAUCUAUGGUUUCGUUUAAAUAAUCAGGUGCAAAGAAAAAUUAUUAAAUAAUCAAAUAUGAGAAUCGUUAUAUUUCUCUUAAUAUAAAAUAAAAAAUUACAGCCAGAAAUGUAACGUCCAAUACCAUUAAAUCCAAUAUUAAUACUUUAAAAAAUGUAGUUUUGACAUUAAGACCUUGACGUUUAUUUGACAUUGGUAUCCAUAAGAAGUGACAUCACGCCAUGACACAAGCUGACACAAGCAAGCGAUUGGCGCGAAUUAAUGUUUUAGAACAAAGAAUAUAUUCUUCAAUUCGUAACAUCGUUAGUUUUUUCAAAAUCAACCAUCUUGCCUAAUAAUUGUUUAUAGGCCAGCUAAAUAAAAAAAAGUAUUUCCUGUUAAAAGUACUAUAUAUACAUAGAAGUAAAAGAUUAUUAAGUGUUUUAUAAGCUAAUUAUUAUAUAAUCUAUUUAUCUAAAGACUAAUGAUUUUAUACUGCCAGAAGCACAACUGUUCAUUUAUUGUUUUUUUUUAAUAUUGUUUUUUUUUUAUCAUCAAGCACGAUGUAAAUCAAUGAUCAUUCCAUACCAAAGUCAGAUAAUUAAGAGUUGUAUUGCUAUCAUUACGGACUCUAGGUCUUGCUAACAAAAAAUAUUAGUUUUAUAUUAUUAUAAUAUUUAAUGUAAGUUAAUAUAUUCACUUUUAUGCACGUAAUUGUAUGGUUCUUUAAAUGACAUGCUUUAAAGUUCAAACAAAAGUUUGUUAAAUAGAAUAAAUUAUGUUGCACAUGUCUAUGGCAUGCCACUACAAAUAUAUAAAAGAGCUGACAAACAAAAACAAUAUUUUUACCUAACAUUAGAAUAGUCAUUAUUAAUUGUACCUACUUGUUAUUUUUUCUUAUUACUAUUACUUAUCUAAUGUUUAUUCAAACUGUUUCUUUUAAGUUAUUUUUGUAAUAAAUUUUUUAAGUACU